AACGGCAAAUCCUCCAACCUGAGAUGGCAAGAAGGUGGCCAGUUUAGGAGGAGGACAAGGGUAGGGGGUUGUGAACACAGACUGAUGGACCGAGAGUAAUGUGACCCACAUUUGACACCCCUUCCUUCACACAGUUGGCACUGGCCUACAUUUUGUCUGCCACUUUCCCUCAGGAUCGCAUACAUUUUUAUUACUGCAUUAUUAUCCACGAUACUUUUAUGUACUCCGGCGACACAACAGACACUUUUUAACACCACAAUGAAACCAUAUUCAUUUUCCUGUACCGUAUAUCUGCUUAAAUGAAAGGUGGGGCUUAUUGUGGACUGAGACCUGUAAACCACAUUCGCAUACAACUUCAUGAACACAGCUGUACUUCCUCAUGUAGUGGCCUCUGGGGUUUAUUUACUCAACUGCAGAGAUUACCAGGCUGGCAUUAAACUGAACAGCCCUUUUAUAUUUGCAAAAAUAAUAUUUUGUCAUUGGCAUCAACAAUGCUUCCAUUUGAAAAUAUUUUCUACAAUAUGCAAUAUAACUGGUAUGGCAAUACUUUUAAAAAGCCAUACACUUAGGAAUAGAUUAAAUGCCAACACUAAAUUUGCCCUAGUUAGUGUGAAUGUUGUCUAUCUGUGUUGGCCCUGCGAUGAGGUGGCCUGAGGACUGUUAAGCGCCCUCAAGUCUUGAAAGGAGCUAUACUAAAGUCCAAAACAUGAUUACUAGUAUGCUAAUAAGCAGUUUAGUCGUAGUAAUAUUACUUCAUAGCUUCAGUGAAGUGCUAUUACAGAUUUUUUUUCCAGGCAUGCUUGUUGAAAUUUUCCACAGCACUUGCUCCACUUUUUUGCAGCGGUUUCUCGUUAAGCUCCCUUCGUUAACGUCCACCAUGCCUAGUGUGUCACAGAGCGCUAUAAAAUGCAGCAGUAAAGUUAAUAUGACAAAAUGUAAAAAUAUACAUUUAUAUGCUCAUUUAAACCCUGCAGUUAAUUGAGAUGAGAUAAGAGACAAUGAGCACAGAGGCCACUGUUUGAUGAAAUGCAAUUAUUUUGUUUGGUCUCUGGGAUGCCAUUCGAACCUGGACCUUUCUUGCUGUGAGGCAACACUGCAGACCACUCAUCCAGCGUGCUGCCCUAACUGCACAGUGAAGCUUCAGUUUCACUUCAAAAGGUCGGGUCAUGACCGGGCGUCCUUGGUAUGUGCGCGUCAUGGCCACGCAGAGUUCAACUGAGGUCUUUGCAGUGCACAGAAAAUUCCAGACGCUUUUAUGCAACUCCAAGCAGAGCUUUGAUGGCGGCUUUUUUUCAAACAGUUUGGCUGACAUGUCCGCUUCACUUUGACCAUGUGAUAUCACCAUGUCCCGAACCUUUCUAAGUGAAUGCGCAGCUUUUUUUUUUUUUUUUCCAUUUUUUAACGCGCCUAAAGUUACUUUUUUCAUAGUUCGUGAUAGGCAAGCUAUCGACUUAUUGAGACGCCCGGCCCUUCUGCGCAUGCUCUGCAUUUGCGCCAUGCCACAAAACCCACUUCCUGUUAGUAAAGCAGCAGCUUCCUGUUAGCUCGACCGCAACUCUGUCGUGUCGUCGCCUUUUGUGUGAGUUGUUGCUGUUUGAAAACUGUAAAGAAAGAAAAAGACCAGUUAGUUGCACGUGGACUGAAUUUUAAAUGAGCUUGUUUUCACGAAUUGGCCUUAACAUUUUGUGGUGCGUUCAAGCACCCUCGAAAGGCAGCUAGUUUGUUGACGUCAUUCUAACAGUGAACCACUCACAUUACUUUUGAAAUAUAUUGUAGUAAAAACAACUACUUGAACAUGAUUAAUGUGAGACAGAAAGUGAUACUCUGAAUACAAAAUGCUCGUCUUUGGACUAACUAAUAUAAUUUCAAGAUUUCUGGGCCCUCAAAAUGUCCCAACAUUUUAAUCUUACAACUCAAACACUUGAAAAUGGUUCUAGGGUUUAAACUGUGCUAAGCUGUUAGUCAAUGUGCUUGUAGUCUUGUUAGACACUAUUUUGUCUGUCAGCAUCUUUUAUUUACAUCCCCUUUUCUUGACCAUGUGACAUUGAGUCUGAAUUAAUCCCCUUGGGAAAAACGAGCCCGUCCGUUUAUAGCUACGAUCAUUUAUGUUUGAAAACUAAUUUUUUUUAUGUUACAGUUUAAACUUCUGUCUGAAUAAGAACGACACUAGCGGUUUUUCAAGCCCUUAUCGACUGACCCAGUAGCGGGUUGGACAAUCAGCGACUUUCCAGCUGAUUCAAGAGCCGUUUCGCUUAUAAUCAACUUUGUUGGCUAAUUGUGUCGUUCUUUAUUUUACUGUUAUCGCAUAUUUGUUACCGAUCAGCCUUUGUGCAAUCUUUUUGGAGGACAUUGCUAUUCAGCUUUACACCCUGUCUUUUGUGACCCAAGACGCGUUCGAGUAUGGUCAUUGUGCAUUUAUUGCUUGCUUCCUCAGGAUGAUGGGUGGGCCUUGUUGAAUUAUUGAAACAAACGAGACCAACACGCAAUUGGAACAUACUUAAUUCGGACAAAACAAAACCGUUCUACCGUUUUCUGCCAGUAACUGGCUUAAAGUCCCUGACUAUUAUUACAAAUAAACGCUUCACUGUCAUUUGCAUUCAGUCGUAAUGAAAGGACGCACAAAAUGCAGGCGACGUUUAUCUUGCAGCCUUAAAUUCAAACGUCGAUGUGUACAUUUGUCUGUGUUGACUGUUUGAAUCGGACAUAAACAACUAUGAACUCAUGUUUCCGACUGAAAGUACAGUACAGUAUCCUAGCGUUUUUUGUUACUAUUCCAAGGCAGACAGUGCAUUUAUUCUGGGAUCAACACAAAUAAUAAUUUCAUUUAUUUUGUGUUCGUGAGGUGAUUUUGGACUAUUUUGUAUACUUCAUGUCAUUGUAAUAAAUGUUACUUUUAAAUUAAGACCGUACUUGUCAUGUCAUUAUUUGACCCAUAGACAGCAGUAUAGUCAUUACAAAAUGGAGAAGGUGGUGUUAAUAAUAUUGUCCCAUACGAGACGCCGUACAGCUUCUCUGGCGAGCUAGCAAUGCUGUUUUUUGGGACGAGAUAAACUAGGUUCUCUCAAAAAAGUGUCGUCGUUACGUCACUGCUGCAAGGACUACGACUUACAGGAUGACCACAUACUCAUGACUGGAGGAUAUUUUAGCAGGUCGGAUUUAAGGUGACACACAGCAGGGACACUCAUGCUUUCCGAUGAGCUGGACUCCAAACCAGAGCUGCUGGUGCAGUUUGUCCAGAACACUUCCAUCCCUCUGAUUCAGGGUCUGGAGGACUCUGAGCCCAAACAAUCCUGCCUGCCUCUGCUGGCCCCUGUUGAAAACUCACUGUGCAGCCAGCUGGAGCUAACAGAUGGAGCAUUGAGUUCUGAGCCAGAGAAUUCUUCCUCUCUGUCUGAGCUCAGGGGGGUCUCAUUGGACCAAAGCCCGCCGCUGGUGGUGCAGACGCACAGCACGCACCCGCGGGCGUCACCCAGCCCCCCGCCCAUCCUCCAUGACCUGCAGCAGUCGGAUGGCACGUCCUACGUCCUGCUCAACCUUGCUAAAAGUAUCACCACGUCCUCGGACUCCCUCAUCUUUGCCACGGAUGGCGCUGGUGAUGAGGAAGACGAGGGCGUGUCGCCGGGGGACUACGGCUUGGACGGCGGCGCUCCUUGGUAUCUGCGAGUGCAGGAACUGGCUCAUGAUAGCCUCAUUGCGGCCACACGGGCACAGCUGGCUCGUGAUGCCAAAGCCAGUCAGGACGCCAGGGCACCAAACGUCGCCAUUAACGGCGACUACAUGCACACCUCACCAUCAGAAGUAGAGAAGCGGGAAACGCCGCCGCCUCGGACCGGGCGCCCCCUCGCCAGGCAGGUCCUCCGCUGCUCGUUUGAAGGCUGCUGUAGGACCUUCACGUGGCCCGCUCACCUCAAGUAUCAUUUGAAAACUCACAGGAAUGACCGCAUGUUCCGCUGCAACGCCGAAGGCUGCGGCAAGAGCUUCUACGUGCUGCAGCGUCUGCAGGUCCACAUGAGGACGCAUAACGGCGAGAAACCUUUCAUCUGCAAGGAGAAGAACUGCGGCAAGAAGUUCACCACCGCCGGAAACCUCAAGAACCACCGACGUGUCCACACCGGGGAGAAGCCGUUCCUGUGUGAAGCAGAUGGCUGUGGGCGAUCCUUCGCCGAGUAUUCCAGUCUCAGAAAACACAUGCUAGUUCAUUCUGGCGAGAAGCCUCAUCACUGCGGGAUCUGCGGCAAGACCUUCUCACAGUCUGGCAGCAGGAACGUCCACAUUAGAAGGCGUCACGGAGAGGAGGGACUCGCUGCUGAAAGUAGAGAAACAGGAGAGGCUCUGACACACAGCAGCCUGCUGGAAGCAGAUGGCAACAACGGGGCCGGAAUGGUUGCCAUGACAACUGGCAUGCAACCCGUCAAUCUCCACCACGCUAUGCUGAGAUCACCAGGCCCCGCAGACUCAGUGGUGGUGCUCUCUGCGCCACAUGAACUGGUCGCCAUGACAACAGAAGGUGCCAGCUAUGGGGAUGUGGUAACGCUGCUGUAGUUUGUCAGAGGGUGAAGUAAAACAGCUUGUUCAUUGGUGACUUUGUAAAAACGUGUACAUAAAUUUACAGUGAUAAGGAUUUUAUUUUUGACGGCUGUGGAAUGGCGCUUGUACAAAAUCAAAAAUAAAUACUCCCAAAGAAAUACAGAGACGGGUUUAAAAAGGUAUUUGAAAGAAAUAAUGAGCACUUGUUACCACUGGAAACUUCAUGCACAUCUUGUUUGUCUCAAUACAAAACAAACAGCAUCACUAAAUUCUAUUGAUCCUGUUUGUGCAUGAAACAAAAAGAUUGAUGAAAGGAUGAAGAGACAAACUCACCUCCCUGCUGCUUAGCGUAUGUUUAGAUGGUGAAAGUGGUCCAACAUGGCACCCAGUGCCCAACUUGCCUCCACGUUGUUCACUUUCUUGGCCAACUAGAAAGAAUAACAAUAACCAAAUAACUCAAAAUGCUUUUUUGUAUUUAUUGAAAUUAAAUUAAAAAAACUAUAAAAUAACUGUUUUGUUUCUAUAUGAUUGAAAGUCUUGAAAAAUGAUUCAAUUACCAAAAGAUGUCAUGUUUGGUUCCUAAAUAAGUGCUUCAACUAUUUGUGUUUUAAUUUUCUGUGCGUGCACCUGAUGAAAUGAUUUGUACCGUGCACUAACUUAAUAUCCUGCUAUGAACAGGAUUAUAUUUGAUUUAGACAGGUUGCUAGGAAUUAAUAAAUUUUUAUUUUCCUGAAA